CGCGUAGCUGAAGGAGCCUCAUCGAGUAAACAGACAUCAUCACGAAUCACCCACCACACUCCUUCCUACCUCCCGAAAACACUGCGCGUCGCUGUCACUGCCGCAUGACGGCACAGCAAUCAUGUCCAACACAGAAACGCCCGAGCCUGCGACCGAGCGCGCGACACGAUCGACCACGGCGCGCAACCCACGACGACGAGCUCGACAAAGCGACAACGACACCUUACAGAAGGCUGCUCCUCGACGGAAACGCAGCAAAAUAACCGACGAGACCUACGCGCCGCGGGACUCGACCGAAGGGCGGCCUCCGGAAGUCGACAUCGAUGCGAAAAUAGACGAGGCCGAUGAAGCAGGGGAGGUCAACAGUGUCGUGAAUGGAUCCAUCAAUGGACACACCUACGUUGGCGUUGGGACUGCCAAAGCUAAUGGCAAUGGACACCACCGACAUCGACGUGCCGGAAGCGCUACUCCUGUGCUUGACGUUGAAAUGCCAGUGCGAGGGAAGAAAGGCACUGUGAAGCGAGUGCAUAGAUCUGACGGCGCCACGACUUUGUGCUCAAAUCAAUGCUACAGUGUCAAAUUACUCCCCAGUACGCCGAAGGAGCUCAAAAAGGAAGGACUCGAAUAUCGUGGCAGUAUACUGGGCAACCAUGCGCUGGCUAUCACACAGGAAAAGGCACUCGUAUGGGAUUAUACCGCGCACGUUGCUGCGAGCAAUGUGCGCACCUUCAACAUGCCUUUCUCGACGCGAGGAGAGCGCUUGCCAUUCGGUGCGCUGGUGCCCAGCAACGGAAUCGCUCAUAACGACAUGGGUCUCGUGCUCAUUUCGGCAGACACUGGCAAAGUGGUCUUCUACGACUCUCUUGAUCGCGCAACCUCGCUCGGCUUGUUCCAGGCGAAACGUGCGAGUGUAGAUGGCACAAUUCCAUUGAGCGGCACCGAAGUGGUGGCAGACAUUGUCCCUGCUGCUUACGCCACGUUUGUGGUCACGCUCAGCUCUGGGAGGAUAGUAUCACUUACACUGAAGGAUAUGACCGGUAUGCCGAAGGUGCAGAGCCAAUUCAUGAAGAUCGAGGAAGUGUCCUCUGGUGGUGUCUUUGGCAGCUUCAGCGGCUUCCUCAAGUCAAAUUACCGGAGGGACCUGACAGCAGUUCGAACGAAAGAGAUGGCACGUGGCGUUGUGCAGGUUGUUGGGCUUACGGCCAAAGCAGAGGUGCUGCUUUGGGAGCUGGAGUGGUCUGGCCGCUCUCUAUACAUUUCCAGCCACGAGCUCAAAGAGACGAUCGUGAACGAGCUGAAGGAUGCGACAUCAGCUGAGCUUGCCGGGCAGGCAGAGUACGCUGUUGCACUGGACUUUGCGAUCGCGGACAAGGACAACACGGGCAGCAGCCAGGCAUUAGUCUCUACCGGCUCCAAACAGCCAUUGGACCUCUUCAUUCUGUUGCGGAUCGGGACUUCAGACAUGACCCAGUACGUCGUAGUGGAGAUUUCUCUUCCGGGCGAUGGCAGCUACAACAUCGAGCGUGUCCAUCAGCUCCAAAGCUAUUACAGCGACAGGCCCCUGUCCCAACACCAAAAGGCACGGCUAGUGGUACCAAAGCCUGGCCACUCAUUCUACGCCGUAUUUGAGGAUACCGUUGUCCUUGCUGCGACGGUAGAUCUUGUGGACGACAGCCCUGAAGCUCAAUUGCACGCAUCCUACCUACAGCAGGAUCCGUUUGAGGAUGCAAUCCGGCUAAGGUCAGACAAGGACCUAGCUUUUCUCGGUGUUAGCGAAGAACCGUCUCGGGCGAAUCAUGCUUCAGCGAUUGCAUUUGUCAAAGGAGCUGGUCUUGUGCGCAUUUCAGCAGCGGAGACAACAUCUAUUCCCGGAGGAGCCCGUAUACCCGCUAAGAGCAGGAUCGAACAGGCUGUCUUCUAUGGUGUAUUGCAGCCCGAUAACAUGCUCGACCUUUCGCAGCAGAAACGAUCCGAGUAUAGCAUCGAGGAGAUUGAGGAAGCGGCUGUGGUUGUCUCUGAGGAGAUCUUGCGUGCAGAUACAGGGUUCCCUACCAUGAUCUCGCCAACGCCAGCUUCUAUGGAGGUCGGACUCGCCACGAAAGCGAAAGCGCUGAAGGCCUUGGUGACUUUCGUGACCAGAACUUAUCCCGCUCUUCCGAGAAGGACGAUGUGGCAAUUGCUCUGGGACGCCGAGAAGCUUGCGGCUGCUCAGCAGCUGUGGCUUGCUUUCGAGGAACACGUUGCUCUCACAAUCAAGGGAGAGAAGCGCAAAGCGACUGUGAUGGACGAGCUUGCGGCUUGGUUCGAGCACAACUUCGACUUCUAUGACCGACCUGAAUUGGCCAACGAGAAUGCAGUGCGGCGAUUCUUCGCUUGUGGCCUAAAUUACAUGGACAGGCUUUUAACGAACCUGCGACUCUUGCUACAGGACUUCUACGACCAAGAAGAAUGCCCUCCGCAAGAGGGUCUCAAACGUGUCAUUCAAGCGGACGACAUCUGGCUCAGGGCUUUGGAAACAGUUUUCAACUUCCGCUCUGAGAACUGCGCCGACUAUGGUAUACUGCCUGAACUAAUUGACGAUGGAAUUCUAAUCGAUAAGGCUGAGUAUGUUGAUCUUCCGGAAUUCUGGACCUCCUCUCUGAAGCUCGUGGACAACACUCUGAAAGUUGCAGAUCUGUCGCGUGAUUUGACUCAGAAGUGUUAUCAACCUGAGGAGCUCGACGCUGAUGGUCACGCAAUGGUCAACGAUAUCGCAGACAACAACGCGCGACUUGUGCAGAUAUAUUGCUUGCAGGCUCAAGAAAGCAUCAAUUGGUACUCUUCCCGGCCGGAUAAGAGACAGCAGGAGAUCGCAGAUAAGAUGCUACAGGAAUAUCAUCAGGAGCGCUACGCGCAAUGUCGUAAACUGGCUACUGUUGGCAGAGCGGAAGCUGGCAUGCUAUUGGCUGAGAAAUACAAAGACAUGAACACAUUGGCCGAUAUGAUCAUUGCCGAGGACCAGUACUUGUACGAGUACAGUCAAGAACAUGAUGCGGACAAGACGCAAAUUGCCCAGUUCUCCGCAGAUCUACACAGCAAGAUCCAGCGAUACUUCCGCAAGUAUCAGAAGGCCUGGUCAGAAGCCUUUUUCGACAAACUGUUUGAAAGCAGUGCCUCAGGUGCUAAGCUCUUGCGAGCACAAAAGGAAUGGAAAAAGCCUCUUGCUGAGUACCUUCGAGGACACCCUAGCAGAGCGAAGUUGUGCUGGAUCAAUGACAUUACAGCCGAGGCCGAUUACGCGCAUGCCAGUCAGGCACUUGCUGAGUGUGCUCAGGUCCAAGAGACGAAGCUGUGGAGCAAAAAGGUUGAGCUGUCGUUGUCGAAGCUGGCACUGCUCGCUGCAGAAGAGGCUGGUACGGCCCCCAACCCCGAGUCAAAGACGAACGGAUCAGCCAAGUUGCACCGUUCCCCGCAAGACGAGCUCGCUAUCCUGCAGGUACAGGAACGUGUUUUUAAGCACUUCACUCCGGAAAUCCAGCUGUCCGUUGACGAAGAUGCCGAGCUCGUGAACUGUAUGGACAAGUACGGCAGACACCUAGAUAGGAACUCGGCUCUAUGGGGCGUGCUCGAACACGGGAUUGCGACCAUUCUUCGACAUGGGAUCCUCGAAGUUGAGGAGCUGAUCGACACACUGACUCUGAUGUCCGUAGUCAUUGACAGCGCCUCAGACGUCAACCUUCAAGGCUCGGAGACACUUCAGGCUCUGAUCGCGUUGGAAGCAGCGGCGUCUUCACUUCCACCUUCUGGCUUCGAGACACUCCUGGCAUUGAUCUGGAAGCGAGCAUACAUUUACGACGACUGGAAUUCACCGGAUCUUCAAAUCCACAAAAAGCAAUCUGAUGAGGAGCGCAAGGGCGCCAUUCAAUUCUCUACUCUGUGGCAAACUCUGCACCACGUCUUGGAAUCCGAAAUCACUACUAAGCCCGACGCCCAAGUUAGAAUCUUGACGCCUUCGGAGUGCGUGGGCGCGGCUUGUCAACCUGAAGACUUGAGCUACCGUUUUCCAGAGCCGGACAUCCUGGAUCCUAUUAUUCACGAACUUCGCGUUCAGGACGAAGUUUUGUCGAAGUAUGUCACAGACCGCGGACUUGACGCGAUCGCAGCUGAGGCUGAGCGGGACGUUCGGCAAUUCUUGAUGGCAAAGGCAGACGAGGAAGCAGAAAUGCGGAAGCAAGAGAGGCAUUUGCAAGAGUCGUUUGCUGAGGACGGUGGGCUACAGAAGACGAAUGGGCAUGUCAAUGGGCUGAACGGGUACCUUCAUCACGAAGAAGAAGAAGUGGAAGAGGUCGAUGAUGGAGAUGUUGAGAUGGAGUGAUGCGGAUACGGGUUGCUGGGCUCUAAUCGAGAUGCUGACCUGCAAGAACUGCUGGCCGUGCCUCGAGAGAUGGUAUUUGUCGGGAUACUCACUGGGCCACCAUCGCCCUCUUUUCCUUCAUGCGGCAGUUGUGGUUAUGGCAGAAAAGCGAAAGACGUCCGUUCGAGACGGCAGGACAGCGGGCUUGAUUUUCUUGUUUGUACGAGAUGACCACAGACAGCUUGUAGCCUUUACCUAGACAAGGGAAAUGUAUGAUCGAGGCCACGAAACAAGUGGCUUCGACAAAACAGGCAUUCUGCAGACA